ACGAAAGAAGAAGCAGGAAUGCUAAGUACCCGGAAUAAUAUUGCGAAUAUAAUUAAUGAGAGAUCUAGUACCAACUAUACGGGAUAUCAGCAGAGCUGGCACGGCCAAUGCGAGGAAAAGAAACUUCGGGAUCAAGAAUCAUCCUCUAUAUCGGUUGAAGAAUCAUGUGAAAAAGUGAGACCGAAAGUCCCACUUGAGCAAAACAGCAAGUCGGUGCCGAUACAGCCUGAAGAAACAAAAGUUUUGCAUGAUUAUAUAGUCGCCCAAGAUUUCAUUCAAGAAGUGUCUUCAUGGUUCACAGAUGAGGAUAUCAUCGAAGUCGUUGAUGUACUCACUAUCAAUACGAUAAUAGAAGUUGAGCUAGCUCAUUUGUUUCUAAAAAGAUUUCCAUACGGAAAAAGAUUUGAAAUGGGAGUUCAAGAACUUAUGGUAAAAGAAAACAUUUCAGAACAGACAGCCAGAAAACGAUUAUUCCAGGAUAUAAUAAAACACCUUUCUGGAAUAACUUUGGAAACUUUACGUAAAAGAACCCAAAUAUCUAUAAAACUUUACAAAUUAAUCGAAAAGAUAGGAGUUGAUAAGAUUAAGAAUAUAAGAAAUUCAGUGCGGAUUCUAUUUAAAAGUGAGACCGAAAGUCCACCUGGGCAAAAUGGAGUUGUCAAUCAUGUAUCUAAUACAGAAUCUACUAAUAUUAUCAGCAGAGUCGACAUGACCAAGAAGACCUCACCGAUAGCUCAGGCAAGUGCACCGCCUAUAUUUGAACCAGAAGUCGAUACAAGUCCGAUAAAAUCUCUAGGAAGCAGGACACUUUGUGACCUCCUGAAUAUAGAUUGGCAGGCUAAAUUAAUUGGAAACUCAGAUCCAGAAAAGAAACAAAUACAUGUUAUUAAAAUGGUAUUAGAGUGA